GCGCAGGCCGCCGCUCUCUCCAGCCCAAGCAGCCCUCCACCUCCCCCCCGAUACCCACCACCAUGAUCUCGCUGCUCGCAAGCUGCUCUCUCCUUUGCCUCCUCCCCGCCCGGCAAGCGUACGCCCAGGUCGUGCCAGCCACCUCCGCCGCGUCCCAGUACUCCCUCGCAACCUCCACCUCCAUCCCCUUCCCGACCGCCACCCUCGCCAACACCGACACCCAGUCCUUCCUCGUCGCCAACUGGGGCCUCAGCAAGGGCAAGAUCCAGAACGGCGCCGCAGACCUCGCCUUCGUCGCCGACCCCUUCCCGAACAACCCCGUGCCGACCGCCAGCACGGGCACGAACGCCUCUGCGCCCGUGCUGCGCGUCACGUACCCCAAGGGCAGCUUCAAGGACGACAACUCGGGCGGCGCCCAGAUGUACGCGCUGUGGAACGCGUCCUCGUCCGCCGCGGGGUCGACGGGCGCCGCCUUCCGCUCGAUGAUGCUCUCGUACGAGGUCGCCUUCGACGCCGGCUUCGACUGGGUCAAGGGCGGCAAGCUCCCCGGCAUCAGGGGCGGGCCAGAUCCGAACGGCUGCUCCGGCGGCCACCAGCCCAACGGCUCCGACUGCUUCAGCACGCGUCUCAUGUGGCGCAAGGACGGCGCGGGCGAAGUGUACGCCUACAUCCUGCGGCCGAACAGCAUCUGCUCCAGCGCGAACCUCACGUGCAACGACGACUUUGGGGUCAGCAUCAGCCGCGGCUCGUUCUCCUUCGCGAGCGGACAGUGGAACCGCGUCACGCUCCUCGUCAGGCUGAACAGCCCCGUCAACGUCGCCAACGGCCAGGUCACCGUCUACUACAACGACAUCGAGGUCCUGUCGCAGGAUAACCUCCAGAUACGCAGCAGCGACGUCGUCACCGCCGGCGGCCUGUAUUUCUCGACCUUCUUCGGCGGCUCCGACGCGUCGUGGGCCGCCACGAACGACACACACACCUACUUCCGCAACAUGCAGCUCUGGGGGAGCUCCGCGCCGUCCGAUCUCGCGGGCGCGACCGUGAGCGGCGCGCGCGCCGCCCGCGCGGGGGCCGCUGUGCAUUGGGCCCUCUGCGUCGCGGCCGGCGGGGCCCUGCUCGUGGCGGGCGCGGGCGCGGGGGUGUUGUGA